UGAAAGCACUUUAGCUAUUUUAAGUCCUUGCUUCCCCGCUGCAACAACUUAUUUUUCUUUUUCUUCCCCCUUCACUACUGUCUCUGUCCUGUCAAAACUUUACUCUCAUGUUAGUCUUCUUCAUUGCAUAAAAAUAUUCUUUUGCCCUGAGUGUGACUUUGUAACAGUUCCACACACACACACUUGCUCUCAUCUUUCACCAUUUGUUUUUGAGGCAUAUAGAAAGGAAAAAAAAAAUGAAGGCAUGGCUACCGGGUAGUGUUAUAUACUCUUCACAAGAUAACUCCAACGAUGCUUCCUCUUCCUAUCAUUCUCCUCAUUCAAUGGGAAUAGUCUAUGCAGACAUGGACUCACUCUCUCUUUGCCACAACUAUGGUACUGUUUCUUCAGCUCGAGAUUGCUAUGUCUCUAAAGAGGGUACAUCUACAAGCUGGUCUUUGUCCUUCAUGAGAGAAUGCCUUCCUUCAAACUCUGAGGAAAACCCCAACAGUGAUGUUUUGAUCGGUAAAGGGUCUGAUUGCAGUGAUGAAGCAGGGCAAAACCAUGAGAAUCCUAAUUUAAUUGAAGAAGAGAACCCGGAUGAGAAUUGUAUGAGUGGCAAGGAGAAAGGCAGUACUGGACAUUCCAAACUUUGUGCAAGAGGGCAUUGGAGGCCUGCAGAAGAUUCCAAGCUCAAGGAACUCGUUGCUCUUUAUGGCCCUCAGAACUGGAACUUGAUAGCUGAAAAGUUAGAAGGCAGAUCAGGCAAGAGCUGUAGGCUGAGAUGGUUCAACCAGUUGGACCCGAGGAUCAACAGGAGAGCUUUCAGUGAAGAGGAAGAAGAAAGGCUAAUGCAGGCACACAGGAUUUAUGGCAACAAAUGGGCCAUGAUUGCAAGGCUUUUCCCUGGGAGAACUGACAACGCAGUGAAGAAUCACUGGCAUGUUAUAAUGGGAAGAAAGUAUAGGGAACAGUCCAAUGCUUACAGGAGGAGGAGGCUGAGCCAAUCUGUUUACUCAAGAAUGGAUGAUCAAGAUACAACAAGCUUUGUGAUCUCUAGAGAACCAGUUCCAGCACCACCACCGCUCUAUUGUCUCAAUCUCCACAACAGCAUCGUUAGUAAUUUCCCAUAUGCUGCUGCAUCAUCCUUCCAUGGAGUUGAUCAGUGCAGCUUAAAUGGUUUAAGUAGCAACAUGCCCCCUCCUCAUUUUGGCCUGUAUGCUCCGCAGAAACAUCUUGAUUUCUUCUCUGGUGGUGCAAGAAGCAAUAACCAAAUCAGAUGGUGGGACGGGCCAAGUGAUUUUAUUUCUUCACAACCUCAUUCCCCCCAGCAAUGUCUGAUGCUAAUGCAACAGCAAAACAAUCACAAUAAUUUUUACAGUUUCUCAAAUUCCACAGCAGCAGCAGCACCAACAGCAGGAGCUCAGAUAUUGGGCAGUGAAGCUUCACUAUCAUCAGUGGCAGAACACAAAGAUCAAGCUCUGACCAGUGACCCCCCAGAUGCAAUUCCAUCUCCUCCAUUUAUUGACUUCCUUGGGGUAGGAUCCACAUGAUCGAAAUUAGGACCCAAUGAAAAAGCUGCAACUUUUCCUCAAUGUAGAUGUGGUCCAACAUUGCUGAGAAGCCAUUCCAGGUAAACAGAAAGGAUAGUUGCUCCAGUUUGUUGACUGACUGAGUUGUAACUUGCGUUACUUCUUCUCCUGUUGUGAUUUCCUUUCUUUCUCACAUGGGGACCCCUUUCCAAUCUUCAUCAAAAUAAUAGCAUAAUUAAUCAAUAAAUCUUUACAUUAUCUUUGUUCAUUUUCAUAUAAUUUUUUCCCCUUUUCUAUAUUAAUAUUUAGAAUCGGAUCAUUAAAUGUGCCCCAAGACAUUCUUUUGUAAUUACUUAGAAUAUGGCCAAUUCCUCAAGUAUUGGAUGUGGAUCUCUUGAA